AUGUUACGUAGAAAGAAAAAAUUCAUAAGACGUAUCAACAGGCUAACUGUAGAUGUUUUGAAAGGUUCGACGUUCUCUCCUACUACGUGGAAUGAUAUACAUCCAGGAGAUAUAAUUCGAUUAAAAAACGGUGAUGUUGCGCCAGCAGAUUUAAUUGUUCUAAAAGCAUCUAAUAGCAUGCAAUGCACAAUUGAUUUCUAUCUAAUUGACGGUUCUUCUCAACUUGCACCAAGAUAUGAUCCAACUUUGUUAGAUAUUAAGUUUGAUGGAUCUAAUCCUACUAUGAGAAUAAACCUUACAAACAUAAAGCGCGAAUUUGUAUCAGGAGCUGCAAAUAUCAAAUCUUUUCUCCAAUCUCAUUUUGUUUUUUCGGCAGAUCUCACUUAUGAAGACAAAACUGUCCAAAUUACAAACAAGUAA